AUGACCGCCUCUGGCUCCCGCUCCAGCGGACUGGACUUUUCUACAAUCUGCGGCCGGGCGGAGUGCUUGAUGUGCCGCGUACAUGAAUGGGACCGAGCUUUCGCCAUCUCCACUCUCUGGAACUCUUUCCUCCUUCACCUCUGGAACUCUCUCACCUCUGGAACUCUCUCCCCCCUCACCUCUGGAACUCUCUCCCCCCUCACCUCUGGAACUCUCUCCCCCCUCACCUCUGGAACUCUCUCACCUCUGGAACUCUCUCACCUCUGGAACUCUCUCACCUCUGGAACUCUCUCACCUCUGGAACUCUCUCCCCCCUCACCUCUGGAACUCUCUCACCUCUGGAACUCUCUCCUUCCUCACCUCUGGAACUCUCUCACCUCUGGAACUCUCUCCUCCCUCACCUCUGGAACUCUCUCCCCCCUCACCUCUGGAACUCUCUCCUUCCUCACCUCUGGAACUCUCUCCCCCCUCACCUCUGGAACUCUCUCACCUCUGGAACUCUCUCCUCCCUCACCUCUGGAACUCUCUCCUUCCUCACCUCUGGAACUCUCUCCCCCCUCACCUCUGGAACUCUCUCCCCCCUCACCUCUGGAACUCUCUCCUCCCUCACCUCUGGAACUCUCUCCUUCCUCACCUCUGGAACUCUCUCCUUCCUCACCUCUGGAACUCUCUCCUUCCUCACCUCUGGAACUCUCUCCCCCCUCACCUCUGGAACUCUCUCCUCCCUCACCUCUGGAACUCUCUCCCCCCUCACCUCUGGAACUCUCUCUCACCUCUGGAACUCUCUCCUCCCUCACCUCUGGAACUCUCUCCCCUCCCUCACCUCUGGAACUCUCUCCCCCCUCACCUCUGGAACUCUCUCCCCCCUCACCUCUGGAACUCUCUCACCUCUGGAACUCUCUCCUCCCUCACCUCUGGAACUCUCUCCCCCCUCACCUCUGGAACUCUCUCACCCUCUGGAACUCUCUCUCCCUCACCUCUGGAACUCUCUCCUCCCUCACCUCUGGAACUCUCCCUCACCUCUGGAACUCUCUCCUUCCUCACCUCUGGAACUCUCUCCCCCCUCACCUCUGGAACUCUCUCACCUCUGGAACUCUCUCCUCCCUCACCUCUGGAACUCUCUCCUUCCUCACCGCUGGAACUCUCUCCUUCCUCACCGCUGGAACUCUCUCCUUCCUCACCUCUGGAACUCUCUCCUCCCUCACCUCUGGAACUCUCUCCUUCCUCACCUCUGGAACUCUCUCCUUCCUCACCUCUGGAACUCUCUCCUUCCUCACCGCUGGAACUCUCUCCUUCCUCACCGCUGGAACUCUCUCCUUCCUCACCGCUGGAACUCUCUCCUUCCUCACCUCUGGAACUCUCUCCUCCCUCACCUCAGGAACUCUCUCCUCCCUCACCUCUGGAACUCACUCACCUCUGGAACUCUCUCCUUUCUCACCUCUGGAGCGAUAUAUUAUUAUUAUUAGACGCUAA